AUGGCAGUGGCCAAGUCGUCUCACUAAAGGCUCCUGAUUGUGCUGUUGUAUGUGACAGCGUCGUCGCAGGCACUGAAUCUGAACGACCUGCUGGAGAGAGCGUCCAUAACGUCUGACAGGCUGCACUCCCUCAGCACUUCUCUCUCCUCCGACAUUGGUUCUCAUCUCCACCCGAUGGCCAGAGUCCUGCGUCCUUCUCAGUGCCACACUGCCGGCCUCCAGACCCCCACAGACAAGGAGCAGGCCCUCAGAGUGCCUGAGGCAGAGUUGCUGUCCCUGGCUCGCUCCCUGCUGCACGCCUGGUAUGCUCCCCUGUCUGUUCUGUCCAACGAGGCCAUCAGCCUGGUCCACCCUGAGAAGAGCCUGAUCUCCAGCAAGACCCAGGAGCUCAGAGCCCACACCAACACCUUGGGUGACGGCCUGGAACACCUGGUCAAUAAGAUUCCCCAGUCUGAGAACAUCAUCACCCUUCCCUUCGACGGCGAGCUGGGCAGCGACAAGAACGCACGUCUGAUCAACUUCUACUUCCUGCUCUCCUGUUUCCGCCGCGACUCCCACAAGAUUGACAGCUUCCUCAAGGUCCUCCGCUGCCGGGCGGCCAAACGCCAGGAGAUGUGUUAAGGAGAGACAGGCCCAUGCGUCUGGCUGGGGGCUCGCUCUGCUUCUCUUCAUAGCCAGUCAGGGGAAGCAACUGCUGUAGGUUAGUCAGGAUGCAGCAGAUUCUGUUUCCAC